CCUGUUUUUCUCUUUUACGUAAGUUGUUCCAAACAUGUUUGUAACAACCCCUCGGUGAUGCCUUUGGCAAAAGUGGUUUUGGGUCCAAAGAUCAGUGCUGGGACAAGCAACCUGCCCGCAGCAAACAUGACCCUGCAGAGUAUAAAACCGGCGGCGCGGUGCAGCGCGGGACAGCCUCAGCUGCGCAGGAGGAUGGAAUCCAGCAUGAACCUCCUGCACGACGCGGGCAUCCAGGCCACACACUGGCUGCAGGAGCACUUCCGUGGCUCCCAGGACUUGUUCCUCUUCAUCUCCUUCGCUGCCGACCUCAGGAAUGCUUUCUUUGUCCUCUUCCCUAUCUGGUUCCACUACAAUGAGCCGGUGGGCAUCAGGCUUAUCUGGGUGGCUGUGAUCGGCGACUGGCUCAACCUCGUCUUCAAGUGGAUCCUCUUUGGGGAAAGACCGUACUGGUGGGUCCACGAGACAGACUUUUACAGCAACGCCUCUGCCCCGGAGAUCCAGCAGUUCCCACUCACCUGCGAGACCGGCCCUGGUGGGUCCCCGGCAGGGAGAGCGGGCGCGGAGCAGACCUUGAUCCCGGCGCGGACGUGGCAGUUCU